AUGUCAUCCUCCCAGCCGAUAGCCCCUCAUUUCCCUGAACGUGCACGGAAGUUCGACAGUCUGGCGUGGAUAUUUACAGAAAGAUAUGAUGUAUCACGGGAUAUAAGCGAUUUCAAGACUGGAAUCAUCCUUCGCUACGUAGCGCUCAAUCUCACAUCAGAUGAGGAUCCGAGAAAAGCAGACCGAUACGAUACCCUGGCGCUUGAAUAUAGCCAGAAAUACAGUGAAACGAAUAGCCUCCCUGAUCUUGAGACCCUCUUAUGGCAUCGCCAGAGAGCCCUUGAGUUGACUCUACUUGGGGAUCCUCAGUAUGAGAUCUAUCUUGAGGGUUUCGUGGACUGGCUGAGAGCGAAAUACAAUGUGACAGACAGCUUAUCGGAUCUUGAUAUGGUAAUUGAAUUUCGCAAGCAUUGGAUUGAUCUUACUCCAGGCGUCAGUUCAGAUAAACAAGCUGAUCUAAAAAUACUUGGUACCGAGUAUGAAUACCGAUAUGAAGAAACAAAAUCCCUCUCAGAUUUUGACGAAGCGGUUCGCCAUUACAAAUAUGCUAUCGACUUAAAUCCCGAUGGUAAAUUGUUGGUAGAUAUUUUUGGUCGCCUUUCAUCCAUAUUUCGACAACGAUAUGACGAAACGAAGGAAGAAGAGUACCUCGAUGUGUCAAUAACAUACGGCGAAAUGGCAGUCAAUUCAACUCCCGAGGACAACAGCGACAAGGUUUGGUGGCUUCGAAAGUUGGGGAGCAGUUACCAUUCGAAGUUCUCACUAUCGCACUCCUUAUUUGAUAUCAAGCAGGAGAUUUAUUGCUAUCAACAGGCUCUCGUCCUGGUCCCGGAAGCUUCUCACGAACGCUUCGAGCUUUUUAGAUACCUCGGGCUCCGUUUUCUGGAAAAGAGUGAUGAAACAUUUUCGGCAGAUGACCUGAUGGCAUCCAUAAAAUAUUUUGAAAGUGCUUUUGCGCUGGAAUCAUAUCACCGUGGGGAUCGUAAAGGAUUUUGCAAUCUCAUCGGAUUAGAGUUUAUUGCUCUGUAUCGAAUGACGGAGCAUCUUCCGUACCUUGAUACAGGUAUCCAAAAGCUUCAAAGCUUUGUCGACGAGGUUUUAGUUGACAAUACAACGGAGAUGUUAGAGUGCAUGGAUACACUCGCCCUUGCAUAUGAAUUGAGACACGAACGAACUGGAGAGAAAGCUGAUCUCGACAUGCUUAUCAAGCAAUGUAGGAGAACCCUCGAUGCAAUCCCAUAUGGUCAACCAUCUCGUUCCAAUUACCUUGCAGAGCUUGCUCCUCGAUACCAAUACUGCUAUUUUCAAACUGGUGCUCUCUCCACCCUUGAUUUCGCGACUCAGCUACUCGAUGAAGCUAUUAGCAUUUGUCCUAAGGAGGAUCCAAAAAAGAGCCGUCAUUACGAGUCAAUUGCUCGGAAUUAUAGCCACCGAUAUCUUAGAACUAACGAACUUGAUGACCUCAAUAGAGCCAUUCAAUAUGCUAUAGACGGUCUUUCUUUGACACAAGAGGGCUGCGAAGACCGCCCAUGGCUUCUCCUCUCCCUUGCAGAUCUUCAUUUAAGUCGGCACAAGAGAAGCGAAAGAAUAAUUGAUUUAGAAACUGCAUUGCAGUUGAAUCAUCAAGCACUGGAUUCAACGCCAAUUGGCGACCCUCUGAGAGAAUUCGAAUUUCGGCAACUUGGGUAUAUGUACAAAGAGAAGUAUGUGAUCAGCAAAAGUGAUGCAGACUUCGAUGCCGCCAUUGAAUAUCUUCAAUCUUCACUCGCAAAUCAGGUCCCUAAUCAGCGGAGCGUGGCAAGUACACUUUCUUCACUUUACGAAUGUUGCUUCAAUGUCCCAUCACUCAAGUCAAUAUCCCUAUGCACGGGGUAUCAGCAAACGCUAGACCCCGGAUACGCGUUAUGGCUACGUUAUUAUCUCCAUACGCGUGAGGAAGUGGACCGCGAGGCAGCAAUUAAUAACUUCCGAACAGUUUUAGACAGCGAUGGAACAUCUGUAAGCGACAAGCAACUUGCUGGGGACCUUCUACUCUUCGCUUACGCAGAGAAUGGGGAGUGGAUACACGCAUAUCAAACUGCUCACAAGACGGUCCAUCUGCUCUCUUCUCUGGCGCACCAUGCCCUUGACAACCAUGACAAGCAGUAUUUUCUAGCCCAAGCGAGCUCCUUGGCUUCAAAUGCUGCUGCUAUGGCAGUUAUCACGGGGGAAGAUGCAUAUGAGGCGAUUGAACUCCUUGAGAUCGGACGUGGUGUUAUUAUGAACGCCCUCAAUGCAAGAAGGGUAGACCUUUCAGCUCUACGUGAAGAUUGCCCUUCAUUAGCUGAAGAUUUUGUGACUCUUCGAGACCGGCUCUAUGCACUACACCAGUCACCACUGGAGAAUAUUGAUGAACGCCACGAGAUGAGCGACAGAUUUGAGCAAUGCAUCGGAAAUAUCAGAAAACUGAAGGGAUUCGAUCACUUUUUGAGGCCCCACUCAAAAAAUGAUAUGCAGGCCUUUGCACAGCGCGGGUCAAUUGUGGUUGUCAAUGCGAGCAUGUAUCAAUGCGAUGCAUUCAUCAUUGACCAAUGGAAUAUGUAUACCUUACCGUUGCCUCAGUUAAAACUUCUCGACAUUAACAACCGAAUAACGAAACUUCCACAUAUCGACAGCGAUCUGCUUGAGUGGCUUUGGGACACAAUCGCAGUACAUGUUCUAAAGAAACUGGGGUUCUGCCAGAAACCUCAGGAUGAUGAUAUGCCUCGCAUAUGGUGGGUUCUCACCGGACCUCUCAGCAAGUUUCCCAUCCAUGCAGCAGGAUAUCACAAACAGAACUCGGCACAGACAGUCUUGGACCGAGUGAUAUCAUCUUACGGCUCCUCUGUUUCGAUGCUUAUUUACGGCCAACAGAGCUGCAAUCAGGUAGAUAAGCCUAAGGAGUCCGGUAAGGCUGUCAUUGUGGGCACAAAUGAUCUUUUACAUGUAGCCGAGGAGAUAGAGAACGUCAAGGAUAUAUGUGGCUCCAUGAAGCUGGACAUUAUGACGCCCUUACCCCGCCGAAAAGAUAUUCUAUCAGCAAUGGACAGCUGUACCAUUUUCCACUUUGCUGGUCAUGGGCGUAUGAAUAGCUUGGAUUCAUUGAAAAGCCAUUUGGUCUUGGACGGCGAUUCACUUACCCUUGACGGCGUACUCAAAUCAAACUUGUCCAGGCACCCUCCGUUUCUGGCAUACCUUUCUGCUUGCGGAACUGGCCAGAUUGGGAAAAAUGACUUAGUUGACGAAGGUCUCCAUCUCAUUAGCGCAUUUCAGGCUGGUGGAUUCCAGAAUGUUAUUGGCACUCUAUGGGUGGUAGAUGAUAGAAUCUGCCUGGAUGUGGCGACCGAGACAUACAAAUGGAUUGCAAAGAACCAAAUGCGCAGUGAAUCAGUCAGCGAGGGACUCCACCGGACAAUCAGGAAUCUACGAGAUCAUUGGAUUUUGGCCAACACUGAACCUAGGGGAGACAAACUCAAGGGCACCGAAGGGGCUCAGGAAGUGCCACUCAAGUCAAGAGACAUGAUACCCGUUGAGGCAGACUCCCCAAUGCUGUGGGUUCCAUUCGUUCACUAUGGAGUCUAA